AUCGAUGCCGGUUGGCCUCCUCCUCUCUUAAGUAGGCCGGGCCCUCGUUCAUCGCGACCUGAAUGCCAAGUCUCGGGCUUUCACCCUUUUUCUCUCUUUCUCUCUCUUCUCGUUGUUCUCCGUUUUCACUCGCUCUCUGCAAGUCAGUCCUUCGUUUUUUUCCCUUCUUUUCUUUGCCACAUUCUUUCGCGAAUUUAAACCUGUCGCUUUUUUGAUACCAUCAGGAGAACAACUAGAAACCGAGAAACGAAACAAAUUACCCCUUCACAAAAAUGCGUGCUGUUCUAUUGGGCUUGAGCGCCCUCACCGUCGCCGUCCAGGCGACCGAGUGGCCCUACUGCGAAACCGACAACUGCUACCGCAACCUGGUCGACGACCGCUACAUCGACCAGGCCGAAGCCUUCUGCCCCGAGUUCCUCGCCGGCACCACCACCGCCCCCGAGGCCAUCCCUACCGACUUCGGUAACUGCAACGAGGACGUCUACCGCGUGUCCUCCGCCUGCUCUUGCAUCACCUACUGGGCCACCCACACCAGCGAGGUCCCCGUCAGCACCGAGGCGCCGCCCGCUCCUUCCAGCACCGAGGACUGCGAGUCUACCGUCAGCGAUGAGCUUCCUCUUCCCACGAGCGAGGCUCCCGUCCCGUCCAGCGAGGCCCCUCUUCCCUCCAGCGAGGCCCCUCUUCCCUCCAGCGAGGCUCCUCUUCCCUCCAGCGAGGCCCCUCUUCCGUCUAGCGAGGCUCCUCUUCCCUCCUCUUCGGAGGAAGUCUCUCCCAGCAGCGACGUUCCGGCACCGUCUUCCACCGAGGACUGCGAGUCCACUGUCUCGAGCGGCUAUCCCGUCUAUCCUUCCAGCGAGGUAGUUGUUCCUACCAGCGAGGCUCCUAUCCCUUCCAAGUCUGAGGAAGUCCCCGCUCCUUCCAGCACUGAGGACUGCGAGUCGACCGCCUCCGACGCCCUGCCCCAACCCCCCGCCAGCGAGGAGCCGACCCCCUCCGGGCCCUCCAGCCCGUCUGAGCCCGCCAGCACGGAGGACUGCGAGUCGACCACCACCGAUGCCUCGCCCCAGCCCCCUCCUACCGACGGCGUGCCUGGCCCGUCGCCGUCGCCUUCUGCCCCUCACGAUGGUGGGCUCACCACCGACGUGACCAUCACCAAGACCAAGACGAAGACCACCACCGACUGCGACUGCGACGACGACGACGACGAGUACCCCCCGGCGCCCACCGAGCCUGUCACCCCCUCCGAGGUCAUCCCCUCCGACGCCAUCAUCAGCGAGACCACCGUCGUUGUGAUUCCCGUGCCCUCGGAGAGCUGCGUGGAAGACGAGGAGACCACCACCACCACCGUCCAGACCACCGUUUACACCACCGAGACCGUCUACACCCAGACCAGCAGCUGGGUCACCUCCGUCAUCCCCCAGCCCCCCGUCUCCGAGGUUCCCGCUCCCAUCCCCGAGGUUUCUUCUCCCGUCCCGGAGCUCCCCGUUGAGUCGGAGCUCCCUGAAUUCCCGGAGGUGCCUGAGCCCGAGCCGGAGCUGCCCGAAUUCCCCGAGGAGCCGGAGCCGGAGCCUGAGUUGCCCGAAGAAGAAGAGCCUGAAGUUCCCGAGGAGCCCGAGCAGCCCACCGAGCCGGAGCCCAUCUUCCCCGGCGAGCCCGAGCAGCCCGACGCCACCGUCCCCGCGGUUCCGACCGACACGAGCGAGCCUCCCGUCGAGGUCCCUAACGCUGCUGCGCGCCUCGGCUCGGGCGUCGAGUACGUCGUUGCCGCUGCUGGUAUCCUGUUUGCUCUGCUGUGAUGGGCUUGAUUUGAUGCCACUGGAUGCUACCUUUCUUGUUCUUUUCUCAACAUUUUAGAAAACCGUACAUGAUCGGGCUGGUUUGACAAAUCUGUAUUUAUUUACUCUUCUCUUGUAUAUAUUUUCUCGAGACGACGUCUCUUUUUUACUUUGUGGUCUUUUUUGUCUUUAGUCUUCAGAGGCGACCAGCUCGCGCACUCGGAAUGGACUUUAUGAGUUGAUUUACUCAUUGAUCUUC